CACCACUACUUGUCUCACCCAACAACUGUCACGCUCGUUUUAUAUAAUAUAUAUCUUCCUUAUUCACUUUUCACUCUUCUCUCUUUUGCAUUUCUUUCUUAUUAUUACUCUAUAGGCAUGUUUGGCAUCUUGUUUGGGUGGACAAAAGCUUCAAAAUGUAAGAAGGCAAUAAAAAAAGCAAGAUGCAAGCUCAUACAACUAAAGAAAAAGAGACAAGCAAUAGCAAUGCAAUUGCGCAAAGACUUGGCCGAAUUAAUAAUCAAUGGUCAUGAAGAAAUUGCUGCCGAAAGGGUGGAGCAGCUUAUUCAAGAUGAAAGCCUAGUUGCUGCAUAUGAAUUGUUAGAUCAGUUCUUUGAAUUUAUCCUUAAGAAAUUCUCAUAUAUCAGAAAGCACAAGGACUGUCCAACUGAUAUUAAUGAAGCAAUAUCUAGUAUUAUAUUUGCUUCUGCAAGAUUUGGUGAUUUUCCUGAGCUCUACCCCAUUAGGAAACUCUUUGUAGAACGUUAUGGUAAGGAUUUUGAAACAGAAGCUAUAGAGCUUUUUCCUGGGAAUCAUGUCAACACAGAGCUAAAAGAGAAUCUUUCAGUAAAAUCUGUGCCACAUGACUUGAAAUACAGAGUGGUUGAUGAAAUAACCAGGGACAAUGCCCUCCAAAUUAAGAUGAAAGAACAUACAGAAAAUCAAUUAAUUGAAAGUGAUUCCCAAAUAAUUCACACAAAAGAAUCUAAAAGGAAUUUUACUUCAGAAUCUACUGUAUAUGAUACUCCAGAAUUGUUAGAUUAUGUUGAUGACAUUGACGAAUGUGAGUAUUUUUCAUCAAAAGAUGGUGGCAGCCAUGAUCAAAGACUAGUAUUAUACAAAUCUAGUGAAAGUGAUAUUGAUGAUGAUGAAUCAAUUAGUUACUCAAGUAUAAGUAGCUAUGCAGCGCGAAAACGAGCAUCGAAGAAAAGAUUAAGAAGGCGAUCGCCUUUACUUGAGAGACAAGGCACUGUUGAAAUUGGAUACACAUUACAUUAUCUAACACCAAGUCCUUACUCAAGUUAUCCAAAGAAGAGAUUUAAGCAACAUUCCAAUAAUUCACAAUCAUGUGAAACAAAUAGUUUGGACUAUAACAUGAGUGAUUGCAGCAGCUGCAAUUUGGAAAGUCCUUGUUACUGUUUUGUUUACAUUGAAAUAGAAAUGUUUGAGUAUUUUGGUAGUUCUUCUACCAAUGUUUUAAAUUCAAAGACUUGUGAUUUCUUAACAUCAAGUCCUUAUUCAAGUGCCUUGACUGUGACUUCAAAGUGGCCGGAAAACUGCGAAGAUAACUCGUUUUCGUGUCGUUCUCCGCAGCCAAAGCAUGUUCAUCCUAAGUUACCAGACUAUGACAAUGUUGUUGCUACAUUCAAGGCUCUAAAAACAGUGCAUGCUUAGAGGAAAGUGAGUGUUGUAUGUGUAUUGUUCAGGUGUAACACAUUCAUGUUAAAAUUUUGAUUUGAACAUUAAAUUAAUUGAUAUUAUUGAUGUCAUUCUUUGACAUUGACCCCUUCAUUAA